AUGAGGGUUGGCUGUUCCACGUUUCGGUAUUUUAAUCAUUGGGCUGAUUCCGCUGAUUUUCUAGUUGUUGUUGCCUCUGUUUGGACAACUCAUCCUGGAGUGUCCCCUUUGGUGAGUUUGAGGAGGAAUUUGAAGGCCUUAAAACCAGUGUUUCGUACUACUUUUGGUAAGGGAAUUGAGGGUUUGAGAUGUUUGACACGAGAGGCCAGAGGUAGGAUGGAGUCUACUCAGGCUGCUGUGGAGUGUAACCCAUCUUCUAAUAUUUUGAUUGGUGAGGUUGUUGUGGCAACUAAGGAGUUUUGGAGAUUAACGAGAUUGGAGGAGGCCUCCUUUCAUCAGAAGUCUCGUGUUUGGUGGUUGAAGUUGGGGGAUCAAAACACGUCGUUUUUUCAUCGGUCUGUUUGGGCGUGCUUGGUUAGGAAUGGUUUAUUCUCAAUGAAUGAUUCUGAUGGGAUUUGUCAAUCGUCUCAUAACAGGGUGGCAGAUAUGGCUGUUAAAUACUUUAGUGGGAGUUUGGGGACUCAGAAAUUGGGGUAUAGAGACCUUACGAACCAGAUUGAUGAUAUUGUGCAGUUUCAGUGGCUUGAUGAGUGUAUUAGGGACAUGUGCAUACUUGUUACUAGGGAGGAGGCGUGUAAUGUCCUGUUCUCUAUGAAAUCGGGGAAAGCUUCUAGCUUGGAUGGUUUUCCUAUGGAGUUUUAUAAAUCUGCUUGGAGUGUGGUGGGGGAGGAUUUUUGCUUUGUUGUUCGCCACUUCUUUGAUACGUGUUAUCUUCCCUAUGGGGUAAAUGCCACAGCUCUUACCCUAGUCCCUACAAGACCUGGUGAUGAUCGUAUGGAGGAUUUUCACCCUAUUGCUUGUUGUAAUGUGGUAUAUAAGUGUAUCUCUAAGGUGGAUCUUCAGAAGGCCUAUGACUCCGAUAAUUGGGACUUUUUGUUUGGUGUUCUUUUGGCCAUUGGUACUUAUAUGAAGUUUGAAAGGGUUAAGGCAAGGGGAUCCUUUGUCCUCGUUUCUGUUUAUGAUGGUUAUGGAGAUCUUAUCUCGUGUGAUAAGGUGAGGUUGGCUCACUUGUCGUUUGCUGAUGACCUCAUGAUUUUCUAUGCAGUUGAUCAUGUGGCUAAUGUUGGUAAAAGCUCUAUGUUUGUUGCUGGUAUUUCUUGUGAUGUGGAGAGUGAUCUGGCUAGGAGUAUGGGGUUUGUACUUGGAUGUUUUCCUGUUCAUUAUCUUGGGCUUCUUUCGCUAUCGGGUAGGUUGAAGGCUAUGGAUUAUGCCCCUCUGAUUCAGAAGAUUACUACUCACGUAAGGAGUUGGACUGCGAGAUCCCUUUCUUUUGCAGAUCAUCUGCAAUUGGUCAGGUCGAUGUUGCAGAAUUUCUAG